GAACAACAUAGUAAGUGCAAAACAUUCUUCUCUAAUGGAGGAAGAUGCUACUUCUCUUCUAAUUCCUGUGGGAGGUGAUGAAAAUGAUCUUGGAGUCCUUAAUAUUCAGUUUAAUCCAGAAGAUCUGAAAAGCAAAAGACCAUUCCAUGUAGAACCAACAAACAUUGUUAGGGUGAAUGAUGAUACACAGAGAGUAACAGAUGAAGCUUCAGCAAUGAACAAGCGGAUUCACUACUACAACAGGCUCACUUCGCCUUCUGACAGAGCAUUGGUGGCCCCUGAUCAUGUUCUUCCUGCUCCAGAAGAAAUCUACGUGUAUAGUCCUUUGGGAACCGCUUGCAAAAUUGAUGGCUCUACUGAUGGUUCUGGCAAAAAUUCCAGUAUAGUAACAAUAUUCAUGAUCUGGAAUACAAUGAUGGGUACAUCUAUAUUAAGUAUUCCCUGGGGAAUAAAACAGGCUGGAUUUACUACUGGAAUCUGUAUUAUUCCACUGAUGGGCAUAUUGACUCUUUAUUGUUGCUACAGAGUUUUGAAGUCUAGGUCAAUGAUACCUUCAGUAGAUACCUCAACUUGGGAAUUCCCAGAUGUUUGUAAAUAUUACUUUGGAUCUUUUGGUCAGUGGUCUAGCCUUUUAUUUUCAUUGGUGUCACUUAUUGGAGCGAUGGUGGUUUACUGGGUGCUAAUGACUAAUUUCCUUUUCAACACUGGAAAGUGUAUUUAUAAUUAUAUUAAUGACAUUAAUGUAACAGACAUUGUUCCUGGUACAAAUGGAAGCAAUAGAGUAAUAUGUCCUAGCGAUGGUAGCCAUGAAGUACCAGGAAAUGAAACUUUUGAAUUUACUUCUACCAAUGCUGCUGGAUUUGAGGAAUUUGAAAAGUGGUGGGACAAAUCCAAAACCGUUCCAUUUUAUUUAACCAUCAUUCUUCUACUGUUGAAUUUUAAGUCUCCAUCUUUCUUUGCCAAGUUUAACAUAUUAG